AUGCAGCGUGCUGAACCAUUAGCAGAUGACGACGUUUUGAAACCCGACGAAUUGUCCAAAAUCAAGAGUUAUUUGUUGUCAAUGAGCCAUAUGCACGACGAUGAACCUCAACCUCCAAUAAGGGAUCCAAGCGGUUACUGUCGUUCUUUCAAUAAUUGCUACGAAUGUGUGAAAAGUAUGUGGUUUCCAUGUGGUUGGUGUCAUAACUACGGAUGCACUGAAAAUCCUGGAGCACUGUGUCCCUUGGCGGAAACUAAAGCAGACAAAUCUAAUAUAAGUGGACAAAUUCGAGCUUGUCCACACAUUGAAAGUGAAGGUCCAGUAUUAGUUCCAGGCGGUGUUCGAGUAAAUAUAAAAGUCAAAGUAUAUAUCCCUGAUCCAGCGUUAUAUGAAAAAGACAUUAUUUGCCAGGUGAAAAUUGGAACUGAACUGAACCAUCUGAAAGGGUUGAUACUCAAAGAUGUUGUAUACUGUUACCCUGCUGUUUUGAAGUCGCGUUCCAAUGAAUUCGACGACAAUGAUAGAGGAACUUUAAUGCUUAUUUGGGGUGGUGCUCAACCUUAUUCAAACAAGGUUCCUUUGAUUGUGUACAAUUGUGAAACGUUGGCGACGGAUUGUGAAUCUUGUAGGAUAAUCCCGUCCGUGUACGGGUGCGGGUGGUGUGACCAGACAGCUAAAUGUGUGAUGGGGGCCAAGUGCUCCAACGACAUGAUGCAAUGGACAUUAAAUAGAUUGACUUGUGAAAAUUAUGGUAAGACAUUAUUGUACGUUUAA